CGGUAACCGAAUACCGAACCAGCCUUGGAGCAGGUAAAGCCCUAGCCGUGCGUCGAACGUGGUCUUUUCGCAGCUCUACAGCCUGCUGAUCUCCCCGUGCUAGAUCGCCACAUCUCGCCCCUGUGCGUGCGCUUACUUUGUUUCGCCACCAUGGGUCGUGUGAGAACCAAAACCGUGAAGAAGGCCUCGAGGGUCAUGAUCGAGAGGUACUACUCUCGCAUGACUCUGGACUUCCAGACCAACAAGAAGAUUGCCGAGGAGGUAGCAAUCAUUCCGUCGAAGAGACUCCGCAACAAGAUCGCCGGGUUCGCCACCCACUUGAUGAAGCGCAUCCAGAGAGGGCCAGUGAGAGGAAUCUCUCUGAAGUUGCAGGAGGAGGAGCGCGAGAGGCGCAUGGACUUCGUGCCGGAGGAGUCGGCCAUCAAGACCGACGUGAUUGAGGUGGACAGGGAAACGAUCGAGCUGUUGGCACACUUGAACAUGCCCCAGCUUCCAGGAGUGGUACAGCAAGCUGCUCCCACCACAGGAGGAGGGUUCUUCAAGCCUCAGGGGGGAGGUUAUCAGGGCAACAGGAAUAGGAAUUAGAUGGUACCAAGAGGGUUGUAUCAUGUAGCUCAGUCCUGUACCGGUUUCGGCUCCUGAUUCCCAAAUUGGAUAAUACUAGCUUGUUUCUGUGGAACACAUGCUUGAUACUUCUUUUCACACUCAUUUAUACAUGAUUUAUUGGAUUCCUUUA